AUGCAUCCCUCGACUGUUAUCAUUCAUGUGCUCAUAGCCGCCCGUGGCUUUGCUACCGCACUUCCCAAUCAGCACGAUGCAAAGCUGACGGACAUUGGCGUCAUGGGCGAAAUAUCCCAGAUUCCUGAGAAUGAAAUCGCGCCAGCUGAGAGCGAAACUUUGUUUUCCGAGCACACUUCACCAAACCAUGGAUUGAACAAGCGAGUCCAAUUCGGGCUAUGUCUCGGCCAUGACGGAGUAGCCCCACGAACCAUCACCAAGUACAAAUCUGAUGUUGGUCUUGUUUUCGACCAGAUUGCCCAAUGGGAUCCGCGUUCUCAACGAACUGUUGGAGCUCACUCAAGCUGGAGAUGGUCUGGACCUACUUCUGGUGGCUAUAACAGAGUCGAGAUUAUUGUUCGCAACCAGGACAACUGCCAGGACGGCACCUUCACAACGGGUGAUCUUCAGCAGUUCUUGGCCCUGGUACUACGGGAUUGCAGCUCUACCAGAUCAGGUUGGGCCUAUGUUUCAACUGAUCCGGUUCUUGUGGCUAUCAUUCAUGACAAGUCGACUAACGUCCCCGCCGCCCACUUGACUUGCUAA